GGUGGAGAAGAAAUUCAUCAGCUGCUGCUGCCAGCCUCCCUGCGGGAGGAGGUGCUUCAACAACUGCAUCAGGGUCAUGGACAUCAAGGAGUGGAGAGAACUACUAAUCUGGUAAGGCAGCGGUGCUACUGGCCAGGUCUGUAUAAGGAUGUCAAGGACUGGUGUCAAAAAUGUGAACGAUGCACCCUGGCCAAACCCGUAUACCCUGCUGUGAGAACACCCAUGGGCCAUCUGGUAGCUUCCCGACCGAAUCAAAUUUUAGCCAUUGACUUUUCUCUGCUGGAACGUGCUCGCGAUGGAAGAGAACAAGUUCUCAUUAUGACCGAUGUCUUCUCCAAAUUCACUCAAGCUGUCCCGACCCGUGAUCAAAGGGCCUCCACUGUGGCAGGGGUACUGGUCCGGGAAUGGUUUUAUAGGUUUGGGGUGCCAGCCCGAAUACAUUCGGAUCAAGGCCGGAACUUUGAGAGCUUGUUAAUCCAGCAGCUGUGCAGUUUCUAUGGCAUAAAAAAAACACGCACCACGCCAUACCACCCCCAGGGGAAUGGCCAAUGUGAGAGGUUUAAUAGGACCUUACAUGGCCUAUUACAGGCCCUUCCACCUGUCAAGAAGCCAGAUUGGCCCAGCUACCUCCCACAUGUUACCUUCUCCUACAACACAACCACCCAUCAAACCACUGAUUCAGGAACCAAUUGGAGGUACUAUCGGUGAUUGGUUGCAAGAACACCAAAUGCGCCUCCAGACUGCCUUUGAUGGGGCCAAGGAAAGGAUCCAAGCAGCAGCUCGCCUCAGGAAGGAACGACAUGACCAGCAUGUGGCUGGUGGCAACCUGACAGAGGGUGAAAUGGUCUACUUGAAAGACAACAGUGCUCGAGGCAGAGUGAAGAUCCAGGACAUUUGGGGUCCCCGGAGGUACAAAGUUGUCAAGACCCCUUCUGAUGGUGGAGCAGUGUAUUCUAUCGCACCUCUGGAUGACGCAGGAAAAAUCAAGCAUGUCCAUAGAACUCUCCUGCGACCAAUCCCACUAACCACCCCUAUAAGUGAGCCAGACUCUGGGGAGCAAGGGAGAUCACCUACCAAUGAAGGAGAUUGCGAACCGAAUGGUGAAUGGUGGAUUGUCCCCCAACCAGUGACAGCUACGCUAGAGCCCUUGGUUUCCUGCCCUCAACCACCUGCCCCAGCCGAAUCUAUUGCUGGCACCAUAUCCCCAGUGGAUGUGGAUAAUGAUGACCCUAUGGAAGGAUCCAGUACAGUGCCUCUUCGUCGAAGCCAGCGUGAGACAGCAGGGAGACACCCAAACCCCCAUAAUCUCCCUGUGCCAGCAUGGAGAAGCGGGAGAGAGGCUGCAACUUCUCGGGUAACUGGGUCGGGUAAUAUGCUCUGCCACUCCUAGGCUGUGGAAGUAGUUUUCCUUAAAACCGUGUUUUAUAUUUUUGUUUGCUUGUUGCUUGUUUUUUAUUAUCGGCGGGUCGCCGACAGAAAAUGGGGGGUAGAUUGUGAUGGGUAGAGCUCUCCCCUCCCCCCCCUGCCUGUUUGGCCACACCACCUUAAUUGGUGAUGCCUAACAGGUGU